AUGGCAAUAAUAAUGAAGCAGAAGCAACAACGCAUGAUGGCGGAAGCAACAACGAAGUCAUCACCAAUAACGGUUCUCCCUGAGGAACUGAUGAUCGAAAUUCUUUCUAGAGUUGAAUCAAGCAAUCCUAUUCAAUUUAGGUGUGUUUGCAAGUUAUGGAAAUCGCUGGUUCUCACUUCUAAGGCCGUCAAAGACUUCAGAGAUAGCAGUGAAGUCUUUAACCUCGCCGUGUCUCAAGAAAGCGAAGAAGAUGAAGAAAAACUAGAACUAGAACUAGAACAGAAGGAGGAUGAAGAGGAACAAUGGAUGAAGAACGGAGUGGAUUGGUUGGAUAAGCUUUAUAGGAAUCUCAAAGUGAGAUUUGAAACAAUGAGAGAUGAUAUACAAGCUUUGGAGGAUAGAGUCAAGUGUCUCCGAAGCUUUAUGCGGAUUUAUCUCAACUCACUAAAUUCUUCAUAUUCUCAAUUAUGA